UAUUAAUGCGGGAGUGUUUGUAGCUUUUUGGGUGUGCAUAUCUUGGACCAUUUGGGCAUUUCUACCACUUAUUGUUGGAUAAGUUGUUCAAGGGCAAAAAAGACAUGACAACAGUUGCCAAAAAGGUGUUGCUUGAACAAGUGACAUCUUCUCCAUGGAACAACUUGAUUUUUAUGCUUUACUAUGGGCUUGUUAUCGAGGGAAGAUCAUGGAUCCAAGUGAAAUCUAAAAUCAAGAAGGAAUACCCCACAGUACAAUACGCAGCUGCCAUGGCUUUGCCACCUUUAUCUAUUCGAGGUGAUUUGGGAGUUGUUUCUACUGCUGGAGUUAGAUAUGCAUAUCCACUCCUAAAAUCAUUUGCAAAAAUGGGACCUCAAGGUGUUCUUGGUGCCACAAAGCUUUUACGCCCUUUUUCAGAAAUAGUUGAUUCAUUGGGACUCAAAGAUCCUUUCAUUAGAAAUUGGGUGGAUCUUUUGUCUUUCUUACUUGCUGGAGUGAAAUCUGAUGGUGUUCUUUCAGCAGAAAUGGUACAUAAUCAUAUCAUACAUUAAAAAGUUUCUUUUAAGGUAGUUUUACUUUUUGGUAUGAUGGAAUUGAGGAAGGAAUGGAAUGGGCUAUUCCAUUACCACAUGUCCUCAUCCAUUCCAUUCCAACCAAACAGAAUCCAUUCUAUUCCUUCAUAUUUUAUAGUUCUCUAAAUGUCUAAUCUUUUGCCUGUAUAUAUAUCCACAUAUUUGCAGAUUUAUAUGUUUGCAGAAUGGUAUAAACCAUGUUGUAGUUUAGAAUACCCUGUUGGUGGAACUGGAGCACUUGUUGAGGCUCUUGUUCUCAGAUUUUCCUUCUGAUAAACUUCCAAAAAUGUCAGAACCUUCACAACUUAUGACAGAAAAUACACGUUCUGAUCUUUAUGUUGCACUCCCUGUUCUCAGUCAAGGAAAGAAAUGGGUCUUACUAUACAGUACAUGGAGGCAUGGCAUAUCUCUUUCAACCUUAUAUAGAAGAAGCAAUCUUUGCCCUGGGUUAAGUCUACUGGUAAUGUCUU